AUGGCUGUCACACCCACCCCACCCUACCUAGACCCCACCGCACACCUUCCAUUUACCUUUCCCACUUCUAUCCCCGUUUAUAGUCUCAGCGACACCUCUCCUCCGUUAAAGCCCUCACCGUCCUCAUGUACAUCAACCAUCAUCGACAACCUCCACCGUCGUCGCAGACCAUCCACCACCUUUUUACUCCACCUUUCUCUCCAACACCACUGCCCUCACCUUUCUCUCCAACACCACUUCAGUUGUUCAUGUUCAUCGACAAAUCCGACGAAGCCCAUAAUGAUGGCACCGAUAGUAGGUGAGUUUGAUGACGACAUGGAAGUAUUCAAGAGAAAACAUUGUAGCAGCGAAACCGCCAUGGCUGCAAACAAGUUCGCGACCAUGCUGCAUAACAAUACAAACAGGAUCACUCUAGUUCUCAUUUAUGCUGUUCUUGAAUGGACGCUUAUAAUCCUCCUCCUCCUCAAUUCCGUUUUCUCCUAUUUAAUCGUCAAUUUUGCCCAAUUCUUCGGCUUAAAACCGCCAUGUUUCUGGUGUGCUCGAAUUGAUAAAUUUCUCGAAUCCGAUGACAACAAUUUUCAAUACCAUCUAUGUGAGCUUCAUUCAAAGGAAGUUUCGCAUAUAGGGUUCUGUUCGAUUCAUCAAAAGCUAGCGGUAUCACAUGAUAUGUGUGAGGAUUGUUCAUCCUCCGAUCUGGGAUUUCAAAAAGAGUCAAGGAAUUUUGUGUUCUCGAAGGUGGAAAGAAUUGAUGCGAUUCAGAGUGAUGAAGAAGAUGAAGUGAAUUUGAAGUGUUCUUGCUGUAGAAUAAACUUUGAGAGAAAAAUUGUCAAUGAUUCUUCUUGUUUUGUUAUUCAUCCUUUGUGGGAUAUGUUGGGUAAUGCCAAGAAAGGGAAUUCCCUUGAUGAUCAUAUCGAAAAACUCGUUGAUGAUGACCAGAUAGAAUCGCUUUAUGUUGAAGAAACCAACAAAAUUGACGGUAAUGAAGAACUUGAAACAGAGGAAGCUGAGAUUGAAGUGAUUAGAGAUUUGAAUUCAUUUGAACAGAGUUUGAUUCAGUUUGAUAAAGGGGAAGAUUUAAAUUCACAUGAUCUUCAUUCCUUCAUUGAUUACAGUGGAAAUCAGUUGUUUCCAUUUGAAUUAAGUGAUCCGAAAACAGACGAAAUUCGAACUGAUCCAGAAGAAGAAGAUCAUGAGUUUGGGGAUUUUCAAAAAGCACAGGUGAAUUCAGGAGAAAUUUAUGAUUCCGAUCAUCAGAAAACAGAGGAAUCAUCUAAAUUUUCGGAGAAAACUGUUGCUUACCAUGAAAGUUUAAUUUAUUUCGGUAAUGACCAAGUUGUCGAUGAUGAACAAACUCAAGCCCCAUCAAUGGACACUGAAGAACUUCAAGAAAGAGAUUUAGAUAUUCGUUCAUCAGAAAUUGAUGAUUCUAUUCAACAGAAUACAGAGGCAUUAUCUAAGUUUUCUGAGAAAACAUUUGUUUCCCAUGAGAAUUUAAUUAAUUUCGGUAAUGAGCAAGUCGCCGUUGAUGAACAAACUCAACUCCCACCAAUCAACACUGAAGAACUUCACGAAAGCAAUUCAGAUAUUCAUUCAUCAGAAAUUGAUGACUCUGUACAACAGAAAACAGAGGCAUCACUCAAGUUUUCUGAGAAAACAUUUGUUUCCCAUGAGAAUUUAAUAGAUUUCGGUAAUGAGAAAGUCCUCAUUGAUGACAAAACUCAACUCCCACCAAUCAACACUGAAGAACUUCACGAAAGCGAUUCAGAUAUUGAUUCAUCCGAAACUGAUGAUUCUGUUCAUCAUAUAACAAAGGACCCAUCUACAUUUUCUGUGAGAACUCGUGUUUCCUAUGCGAAUUUGAUUGAUUUUGGAAAUGAACAUGUCACAAUUGAUGAACGAAUUCAAAUACCAUCGAUCGAUGUUGAAGAACUUCAAGAAAGUGAUUCCGAUAUUCAUUCAGUUCAUGAAGAAGAUGAUGUUUCAAUCGGAACAGAGAUUCCAGUUUUGGAUGCAUGUGAUGAGAUCAAACAAGAAGAACAUUCAACAAAUUCUAAUAUUUUGCAUUCAGAUCUUGAAAAUGAUUCCGAGGAAGAGAAAGCUCCGGAAACACCGUCUUCAAUUCAUAGCCUAAACCCAUUCCACAGGAAUUGGUUGAUUCCCGAGAUGAAAGAAUCGGUAACGGAAGAUUCAUUUCAUGGAAGUACAACUUUCGAACCUGUGAACACCGCCGAGAAGUUGAAAUCGGCUUUGAAAGCCGAGAGGAAAGCCUUACAUGAGUUAUACAGGGAAUUGGAAGAAGAAAGGAAUGCUUCGAUGGUGGCCGCUAAUGAGACCAUGGCAAUGAUAAACCGACUUCAAGAAGAAAAGUCGGCCAUGCAAAUGGAGGCGUUACAAUAUCAACGAAUGAUGGAAGAACAGUCGGAAUACGAUCAAGAAGCUCUACAACUCUUGAAUGAACUUAUGAUUAAAAAGGAAAAGGAAUUGGAAUUGUUCCGAAAGAAAGUGUUGGAACACGAGGCAAAAGAGAAGAGUAGGGUUUUGCGGGGCAGUACUAAAACGGGAACGUCAUCAAUUUCUUGGAGUCACUCCGAGGACGAUGAUGGAUUGUCGAUUGACUUCGAGGGGAAUCAAGAAAGCCAACAUCGGAAUCAAGAAAGUCAACAUCGGAAUCAUCAAAAUACCCCGAUUGAUUCGGUUUUGGACUUGGAGUCAUCGUUAGCGGACUUUGAGGAAGAAAGGGUGUCGAUCCUCGAACAAUUGAAAGUUCUAGAAGAGAAGCUUUUCACAUUGAGCGAUGAAGAGGAUCGACAUUUUGCUAACACAACAGUAACCGAGGACCAGUACGAAGAGAUUGGAAAUUAUGGCUUCAAUGAACAUGUUGUCGAAUAUACUGCAAAUGGAAUCGGGAAAAAUGGAAAACAAGCAAGGGUGAAGAGACUUCUUCCUCUUUGUAAUGCGAAUAGUACAUUGGGCGAAGAUGGUGUGACCGUAAGAAAUGGAUACGAGAACGGGUUUUAUUCCACGAAGUUUGAAGACACGGCUGUCACGCGAUUUGAACUUGAGAAGAAGAGAAUUGAUAUGGAAGAGGAAGUGGAUCAAUUGUACGGAAGAUCUUCGGAAUGUGAAUCUUCGAGCAAAAAACUAUACCGAAAAUGCCCUCCUUUGAGCCCCUACAAACACCCAAACGGGGUAAAAAGUGGUGCAUUGUGGAGUUGAGGUCCAUGGAGGCUUAUUGUUGUGUUGUGAUCAUUUCUCCAUGUUUUAUCUAUGCCUUUGUACAAUUAAUGUGGUUUCAAAAGCAACCCAAUUUUUCUUGAGGGCUUUUGUGUCCAUUCGUCUCUACUUUUGAAGGGGAAAAGGAGGAUGAUGGUCCAUGGUGUGUAGGCUAAUGAGGUUUUAGAAGAAGGCAAAAUUGCAAAAAAUUACCAUUUUUAGGAUGAUUUAAGUUCACAUCACGCUAAGUUAGUUUGUACUAUGUGUAUUAAUUAAAGCAUGUAUGUAAUACUUGGUCGCAUUCAAAUUCGUUGGAGAGGGUUAGAACUUAGAUGUACGAAUAUUUUUUAUUUUUUUAAUUUGUCUUUGGAGUAAGAAGAAAGGGCAAGGGGUCCUAUUCCUCAUAUUUUAUGUAUCCUUUUGAAAGUAUAUACAAGUUUGGUGUUUUGACUAGAAUUAAC